ACCCCAGCACCAUUGAAACGAACGAGGAGAUCGAGAUCGCCUAUCCCAUCACCUGCGGGGAGAGCAAAGCCAUCCUGCUCUGGAAGAAGUUUGUCUGUCCAGGAAUUAAUGUCAAGUGCGUGAAGUUCAACGACCAACUGAUCAGCCCGAAGCAUUUUGUUCACCUGGCUGGGAAAUCUACCCUGAAGGACUGGAAGCGAGCCAUUCGCCUCGGAGGAAUCAUGCUGAGGAAGAUGAUGGACUCGGGCCAAAUCGACUUCUACCAACACGACAAAGUUUGCACCAACACCUGCCGAAGCACCAAGUUCGAUCUCCUGAUCAGCAGCGCCCGAGCGCCGGUGCCGGGGCAGCAGAGCGUGGUGCAGACCCCGACCUCAGCUGACGGGAGCAUCACCCAGAUCGCGCUGUCGGAGGAGAGCAUGGAGGAGGGGAUCGAGUGGAACUCGGCUCUGACGGCUGCCGUCACCAUGGCCACUGAGGAAGGCAUGAAAAAGGACACGGAGGAGAUCUCGGAGGACACGCUGAUGUUCUGGAAGGGAAUAGCCGAUGUGGGGCUGAUGGAAGAGGUCGUCUGCAACAUCCAGAAGGAGAUAGAAGAAGUCCUGAGAGGUGUCCAGCAGCGGUUGGGUCAGUCUCCCUUCCAGAUGACAGAUGCCGCGGUCCUGAACAACGUUGCCCACACGUUUGGCCUCAUGGACACGGUCAAGAAGGUUCUGGACAACAGGAAAAACCAGACGGAGCAAGGAGAGGAACAGUUUCUUUACGCGCUGGCAG